CAGUGAGGCAGUUAGCAUCGCGCACGCACGUCGCAAGGUACCGUAGGCGGUUAGGUAGGGAAGUGCAGGAUCCCGGCGGUGGCAGGACUGGUGUAUCGGUGGCUUCGGUGGGGUUUGUACGUGCGUGUGCGCGUCCGUCAGUGUAUACGUGUGUGCGUGUUUUGUUGCCGCUGCGAUGCGUCUGCUAAAUAUCGAGUGGCCGUUAUCGUCCUCGUCGUCGUCGUCGUCGUUCUCGUCGUCGUCGUCGUCAUCGUCCUCGUGCUCGAUUUCGCGUUGUGCGUGAAAAUACGAGCAACAGCCCGGAGAUCCGUCAGCUGUUCGCGGGGCAACGGAUUGUCAUCGGCGCGAAACGGAGCGGGGAAAGCGAGCGAGCGAGCGGUGAAGGAACGGAAAACGAGCGAGCCGAGGCUCCAGCCAGCUGAAGUUAGUCGCGAGACGACGAGGGGCGGAACAAGUAGGUAGUGCGCGUGUGUGUGUGUUGGUCGGCGGUGGUCGUCGUGCAGCAUCCGCGUGCGAGCGUGAUCUCGACGGGGAAAACGAUGGCGUAAAUCUCUUUGAUAACGAAAGAGAGAGAGAGAGAGAACGAAUAAACGAGGAGAAAGAGAGCAACGGAAGGAGCGAGAGGGAGAAGAGACGCGCGUCGCGUUCACGUAUAACGUUCGUGUCGUUGUGGUGGCCGUCGUGUCAAGUGAGGCAGCAACCGAUCGUCCGCGUCGAUUGUACAUAUAUAUCGUCGUCGCGCGAGAGGAGCGUAACAGCAAAACUCGCGUUCGUCGUGCUCGAGACAUCGUACGCGGUGGUGUGUGCAGUGUUGUUGGAAGAGGCAAGGAGCGAGGAAAAAAAAGAAACGAGUGAGGAGAAGAAAAAGUGCGGGAUUGUAACGCGCGUUCUCCUUCGUUCAUUGUUGUCGUCGACCCUGUUGCUAGUCGACCGCGCCACGCCGCGUCACGCCGUUUGUUUUGCAUCUGCGAGUUCGCGGAUACUCGCGAAGGUGGUGCCGAUCGACGCCAGGUAGCCAGCGCGGCGCGUCCUGACUGCAGCGAGGGAUAUAGUGUUACGAUGAUCAGUGACACGUGCGGAUACGUUCUGUUCCUGCUGCUGCUGUUGCUGGUUCCCUACAUCGAAAGCGCUCGCCGGUUGAACGAGUACAUCCGCCACUACGAAACGCUGUCAUAUCCCGUCGAGGAGGUCCAUCGAAGUCACCUGAGGGCGAAGAGGUCGAUCAAUCGCGAUAGUACCGUGACGUUGAAGUUCCGCGCGCACGGCAAAGACUUCCACAUUCGAUUAAAGCGAGAUUUGACAACAUUUAGUAACAAUCUAAUUAUUGAAGAAUCUACGGGAGAGAGGCAUCACGACAGCGUCUCCCACAUUUACCUAGGCAAUCUAGUCGGUGAGCCUGGUAGCCAUGUGUUCGGAAGUGUCAGUGAUGGAGUCUUCCACGGGAAGAUAGUAUCACCGAAGAGUGGUGCGUGGUAUGUGGAAAGGGCGCAUUACUACUUUCCGCCGCACGAGAUAAAUGAGACGUUGCAUUCUGUGAUCUAUCACGAGGAUGACGUCGGUGAUCCGUACGUGGACGUUCGACAAGGUGAUGGUGGUGGAUGUGGCAUUACUAAUAGUGAAGUGAUAGAAUGGAUGGAAAGAAUCCAGAAUUCUGCUUUGCCGGAUGAACCACCUAAGGUUUCAUCAACAAGCCAAAAGGAGCCAAAACCAAAUGUUCCACUCUGGAAUGGCGAUCGAGAGACUCCUGUCCACAAGUACAGCAGGGAAGCUAAUGAACCUAGUCAUCGUAGGUCACGAAGAGCGACCAGAUCGAAGGAGAACAAUACCUGUUCACUCUUUAUACAAACGGAUCCUCUUAUAUGGAGGCACAUUUCCGAACAGUUGCAUCACGACGUGGAGAAAACCAGAGAGGAAAUAUUGUCCUUGAUCGCUCACCACGUCACCGCUGUGAAUUACAUCUAUAGGGACACGAAGUUCGAUGGCAGAACAGAGCACAGGAACAUCAAGUUUGAGGUUCAACGAAUAAAGAUCGAUGACGAGACGGCGUGUACGCCUCAACAACCAUACAGUGAACCAAAUCCGUUCUGUUUGGAGAACAUCGACGUCAGUAACUUCUUGAAUCUGCACUCCCUUUCCAAUCACGAGGACUUCUGCCUCGCUUACGUCUUCACUUACAGGGACUUCACCGGAGGCACUCUCGGACUCGCCUGGGUUGCGUCCGCGUCAGGUGCGUCCGGUGGUAUCUGCGAGAAGUUUAAGACUUAUACUGAAACGGUAUCCGGCCUUUAUCAGUCCACUAAGAGAUCCCUCAACACCGGCAUCAUAACUUUCGUGAAUUACAACAGCCGAGUGCCGCCCAAAGUAUCGCAGCUGACUCUAGCACACGAGAUAGGCCAUAACUUCGGAUCACCGCACGAUUUUCCGCCGGAAUGCAGACCGGGAGGCUUGGACGGUAAUUACAUUAUGUUUGCCUCAGCGACGAGCGGAAAUCGACCGAACAACAGCAAGUUUUCAAAGUGCAGCAUUGGCAAUAUCAGUAACGUCCUAGAUGCUAUCGAGGAUAAUAAGAAGAGGAACUGUUUCACUGGGGCAUUUUGCGGAAACAAGAUUGUCGAGGCUGGCGAGGAGUGCGAUUGCGGAUACGAUGACAACGAAUGCGUGGACAAGUGCUGUUAUCCCAGACAAGUGUCCGAACUGGAUAAAAUUAAAAAUGACACGGCGAAAGGCUGCAACAGGAAAUAUGGAACACAAUGCAGUCCUAGUCAAGGACCGUGCUGUUCGAGCGAAACGUGCCAGUUUGUACCCUUCUCCAAUAGAGUCCAAUGUAGAGCUGAAUCGGACUGUAGUUAUAAUUCUACCUGCAGCGGAAGAUCGUCCGAAUGUCCAGCGCCACUACCAAAAGCCAAUAAGACUAGAUGCAACGAGGGCACUCAAUUAUGCAUCAACGGGGAAUGCACCGGAUCUAUUUGUCUGGAGUGGAAUCUAACAGAGUGCUUUUUAACAAGCAGUAUUAUACCGAACAUCGACAAGCGAAAGCUCUGCGAAUUAGCCUGUCAAAAUGGCACCGAUGCAUCGACAUGUCGUGGUACAAGCGAGUUUGCGCACAUGGUAGGAUUACCCGAAGGUGGUAUGAGUCUCCGACCUGGUUCACCUUGCGAUAAUUUUCAGGGUUACUGCGAUGUUUUCUUGAAAUGUCGAGCUGUCGACACGGAGGGACCUCUUGCGAGAUUGAAAAAUCUAUUGUUCAACAAAGAAACUUUAUCCUCGGUAGCGCAAUGGAUAACUGAGUUUUGGUGGGCGGUGCUAUUGAUGGGUAUAGCUUUCAUCAUAUUUAUGGGAUUAUUUAUCAAGUGUUGUGCCGUACACAUUCCUUCCACUAAUCCUAAAAAGCCACCUGCGAGACGCAUCAGUGAUACCUUAACAAGACCGAUGAAUACCCUUAGAAGAAUGCGACAUCCACAUGGUGGAGGUGGAGCUGGGCCAAGAAGUAUACCCCCAAGACCAAGCCAAGGUGGACACGGAACACGUGGACCCUCUCACGGUUACGGAGAGGGUAGAGGUGCUCAGUAUUAUCCGAAAGGCUAUCGCUCGGUUCCCACAGCUAGUGCGCCACCAAAUAGCGGGUCAGCAGACAACUACAGCCGUUCCAAUCACCCAGAGCUGUACGCCGGCGCCUAUUCGGGCUCCGGGGGAGGGGGGAGGGGCGCAGCCUAUGAGAUGAGGCAUCACAACAAGGUGUGACGAUCCUAGGAUGUCACGGACUAGGACCAGCAGUCGCGGCGUUGCAUCACGGGUCGUUGUGUGAAACGAUUGCCAAACGCGAAGAGAGAAUCGAUCCAUGCCACGUAAGGAGCGCGACGACUAUGUCUCAUAACUGAAGUCGAAGCAAUAAUGACGAGAUAUGCAGCGCAAUGGAGUCGAACAGAUUGAGAGGUCCGACACGAUACGCGCUUUUACCUGAAUUGCGUUUACAUACCUUCAUAUAUCGUGCAAAAGUGCCGCACGUAUUACUUGUAGAUACAAAGAAAGUAUGCGUCGGUGAUCAUCAAAUUGAUCUCUCAUUUUGUAUCGGUUCGGUAGAUGUGAUUUUUUGCAAAGACUAACGCUGCGAACGGCGACUCGGAAGAUCAAAUUGACAAAAGUUACGAUAAUAAAGUAACGGAGUAUAUAUUAUAUAUAUAUUUAAAGUAUUGAGUACUGAGAAUUUUAUAUAU